UGUGGAGAAGCAGAUCCAGGAUCUACUAGAGAAGCAGACACGGCUGCGAGAACAGCCCAGGCUUCGAGAACACGGUCAGCCCAAAUGAACUUCACUCCUGCACCGGCACACCCACGACGAAAGGCGCGAGCCAGGACUGGAGCGAUUACCCAACCGCCGCCACCGGUCUUCGAGAUCCCGACCAGGAACCGCUUUGCUGCCCUCUGCGAGACGGAAUGCAACGCUGUGGUCAUCGGAGACUCAAUCGUCCGGAACGUACGCACUUCCUCCACUAAAGGUAAGGUGCGCACUCAUUGUUUUCCUGGCGCCCGUGUUCUUGAUGUCUCUGCACAGGUACCUGCGAUCCUGAAGGACGAUGCUAACGUCAGAGCUGUCGUGCUGCACGCGGGGGUGAAUGACGUCAGGAUGAGGCAGUCGGAGAUCCUGAAGAGGGACUUCAGGAGUCUGAUCGAGACGGUACGCAACGCAUCGUCCACGGCGAGGAUCAUUGUAUCAGGGCCGCUUCCUACCUACCGACGAGGGAAUGAAAAGUUCAGUAGACUAUUUGCUCUAAAUAAAUGGUUGAUGUCAUGGUGUAUUGAACAGAAGCUGCUCUUUGUUAAUAAUUUUGAUCUGUUCUGGGAGCGACCUAGGCUCUUCCGCCCUGACGGCCUGCACCCCAGCAGCAUCGGAGCGGUUCUUCUGUCUGACAACAUCUCAAAGACGCUACGCACCGCUUGACUACGUCUCCCAGCGGUAAGUCAAAACUUCAACCAUAGUCUGUGGUCCUCCCACUCAUCUGUUAGAAAUGUUACUGCUUCCAAAUGCAUAGAGACUGUGUCUGUCCCCCGAAUAAUACUACAAAAUAACAAAAUAGCCAAAUUUCAGAGAAAAAAUCUAAUCGUGAUUAAACCUGAGGACAACGUAAUAAACGACCAAAACAAACUCAUAAAGUUCUGUCAUGGCUCUGCUUCAUUUAGUCAUGUUUUUCUUGGUCCUGUAGCAGAGUCAUGACAAAGCCUUUGGUUAUGUGUGGAGAGAAACAUAUUAUUGUCCUUUUGACAAUAAUAUACGUUCUCUCCAGUGUCUCGUCUCUGUUCCCGCCAUCUCGUUUCCUUGUUAUCCUUCCCUGAGUGUUUCAUUACCCACACCUGCCCUGUGUCGUUAUCCCUCGUUUGUCUUGCCUAUAUAUACCCUCUUGUUUCUUUGUCCUGUGCUUGUGGAUUGUACUGUGUUCGUUC